GAGCAAUAUGGUCCACAUUCUGGCCUGCAGCAACGAUGAUACCCCAGGCUGGAAUGUGGAACCCUAGUCUUGCACCAUUGUUGCAAAUAACAGGACGUAGUGAUGAAAUGAAAUAUGAGACUGAGACGAAAAUCCCAGAGAAUUUGGGUUCAACAACUUAUUACUCAUUUUUGCCACCACGACCAGCUCUUUCUUAUCAACAGCAAUUUGUUCCCAUGAAAGCAGGAGGAUCAGAGGCCACAAUGCUGCCAACUCAGAUCAUUCUACCUUCGUAUGAUCAUAAUCAGGAUCAGGAUGAUCAUGAUCCCUCUCAAUCUAGUGAUGAAUGGUAUAGCAGUUCAGAGAUAGAAUGAAAGGCCGUUUUCUUGCAUUACUUAUUAGGGGA